UCUGUUUCAUUAAUGGUACAUCGUACAUGUCUUUGUUCGAUCAAGGUAGUUCUGAUGAGGUACUGAGAUAGUACAACUGCAGUUCCCUACAGUCGUCUGGGCUCAGUGAAGACCCAUAUACUGGGCCAUUUUAGAGGGUGGCGUAAGAAGUACUGUGUUGGGUUCAAGGUAAGGCCCAUCUAGCUCUCUCACGUUGUUUACACUUUAGAAGACACAAGGUAUUCUGUGAGCGCGGAACUGGGGAGUGUUGAGAUGAAACUAGCGUGGAAGAACAACAACAAGAAGCGGCCUCUGGCCACCGUCUCCAAGUACCCAAACCUCCCUUUUGAUCACAAAAACAACAACCCCACUGCCCAAAACGACACACCCGACAAACCCAAUGGUGAUCAAAACGACACCGAGCUAAACAAGGAACAACACCCUGAACCGAACGAUCCCUCAGUCUCUGGAGAAGAAGACGAAGACGUUACCAAACUCUUCACCUCGUUUCAGUCCCAGGGAACUAAGCUAGCCGAGGAUGGGAAGUAUCGCGAAGCAUUGGGAAAAUGGGAGUCUGCUCUUAUGUUGAUGCCCAAAAGUGCAGUUUUACACGAGCAGAAGGCGCAAGUUCUGAUUGAAAUUGGUGAUGCGUGGAAUGCAAUAAAGGCAGCAACUCGAGCUACUGAGUUGGAGCCUUCAUGGGCUGAGGCAUGGGUUACCCUUGGCAGAGCUCAGUUAAACUUUGGGGAACCUGAUAGUGCCGUCCAAAGCUUUGACAAAGCACUAGCCAUCAAGCCUGAUUCUGAGGAGGCUCGAGAUGACAGACAUACUGCGAUGAAUCUCCUGAAAAGGCGAAAACAGCUCCAUUCAUCAGGCUUAAGUCCUACAAGAAACCGUUAUGCAGUUGGGGAUAGCAUUGAUAGGACAUGAAAACUCUUGUAUGUGUACAUAAGAUCGAAAGAGUUAGACUUCAGCUUCGUGUGGGUUCAUCUAUGGGAGAAAAAAAAAGGUACAGAUUGCUUUGUCAACAUAUAUGUAAGUUGUCUUUGAUGAAGUUAAUGUAAUUUUACCUUUACAUGAAGCAAUUACAAUAGAUCAUAACAUUCUUGUAUCAUCAUUUAUUUUAGAAUUUGAAUACUAAUUGUAACUUUCACAAG